GGGGCGGGGCGGGCCGGGCCGGGCCGGGCCUGGCGGCGGCGGCGGCAGUGGUGGCGGCUGCAGCUGCGCUGGGCCGCGCCGCGCCGCGCCGGACGGCGUUGGGCUGGGUGGCAGCAGUGGUUGUGGCAGGCUGAGACGACUGCGGGGGCUACUGGAGACUGAGUCGUUGGCAGCGGGUUGCUGCGGCCUGGAGCAGUCUCCUCUCGCAGCGCCGCACUCCCAGGAGCUGUGGCAGGCCGCUGCGCUCAGCCUGCUGGUGAACUGUGGCUGGCACGCCCAGGCGCGGCGGCGACAGUGGGCAGGUUAGAGUGGGAACGGGGGCGGAUGUGGGAGCAGCCUAGGCCCAGAGAGGUAACCCGAGCCCGGCCAUCUCUAGCCAUGUCCGACGAAGCAUCGGCGACCACUUCCUACGAGAAGUUUCUGACCCCAGAGGAGCCCUUCCCGCUACUGGGACCCCCUCGCGGGGUGGGCACAUGCCCGAGCGAGGAGCCUGGCUGCCUGGACAUCAGCGACUUCGGCUGCCAGCUGUCCUCCUGCCAUCGCACCGACCCACUCCACCGCUUCCACACCAACAGGUGGAACUUAACUUCUUGUGGAACAAGUGUUGCCAGCUCAGAAUGCAGUGAGGAGCUGUUUUCAUCAGUUUCUGUUGGAGACCAAGAUGAUUGCUAUUCCUUAUUAGAUGAUCAAGACUUCACUUCUUUUGACUUAUUCCCUGAGGGGAGUGUGUGCAGUGACGUCUCUUCCUCUAUUAGCACAUACUGGGAUUGGUCGGACAGCGAGUUUGAAUGGCAGUUACCAGGCAGUGACAUUGCCAGUGGGAGUGAUGUGCUUUCUGAUGUCAUACCCAGCAUUACAAGUUCACCUUGCCUGCUUCCUAAAAAGAAAAACAAGCACCGGAAUUUAGAUGAACUUCCUUGGAGUGCAAUGACAAAUGAUGAGCAGGUGGAAUAUAUUGAGUAUCUGAGUCGUAAAGUCAGUACUGAGAUGGGUCUUCGGGAGCAACUAGAUAUUAUUAAAAUAAUUGAUCCUUCUGCUCAAAUCUCUCCUACAGACAGUGAGUUUAUUAUUGAACUUAACUGUCUCACAGAUGAAAAACUGAAGCAGGUGAGAAACUAUAUCAAGGAGCAUAGCCCUCGCCAGCGGCCUGUAAGAGAGGCCUGGAAGAGAAGCAGCUUUAGUUGUGCAAGCACCAGUGGAGUGAGUGGUGCCAGUGCCAGUGCCAGCAGCAGCAGUGCCAGCAUGGUCAGUUCUGCAAGCAGCAGUGGGUCCAGUGUUGGAAACUCUGCUUCAAACUCCAGUGCCAACAUGAGUCGAGCACACAGUGACAGCAACUUAUCUACAAGUGCAGCAGAGCGGAUUCGAGAUUCAAAAAAGCGAUCCAAGCAGCGGAAGUUGCAGCAGAAGGCCUUACGCAAGAGGCAGCUGAAAGAGCAGAGGCAGGCUCGGAAGGAGCGGCUCAGUGGGCUCUUCCUUAACGAAGAAGUGCUGUCCUUGAAAGUGACUGAGGAAGACCAUGAAGCAGAUGUAGAUGUUUUGAUGUAAUAAGGGUGGUGUUAUCAGCAUUCUUCCUAAGCAUUAAAGCAUUCUAUUCUUACUUGUU